UCCUGGACACUGGCAGCUGCGGGGUUGAUUAGCCAGUGUAAGACUAUAAUCUUGCCAAUUUAUACAUUGUCUGUUUAUAUGGCAUUAGUAAUGGGUAUAGGAGCAUGUGAAAUUGUUAGGUUGUUGGCUUCACAUGGCGACGCGCGCCCCUCCCGGCGCGCGGCAGUCUUUUAUUUAGUACAUUCAGUAGACAGUUUCAUCCGCGCCGGACUUGCACGUUGACGCGUGUGUACAAAAUCGUAGCUCAUGGGAUAAUCUGCUUCCCCUUGCAGUUAUAAACAUUACUAUAUUCGUGAAAGUGACUUAUUGGAAAGUUUUAUUGGAUUACGUUUUCUGAUCAACAUUCUGUUCAUGUUUUUCUGGAAGAGAAGAUCAUGUGAAUUAGCGGUAAGCAUGGAAGAAGACAGUACAAAAAGCGCUGUCGAGGACCAAGACCCGCCCUUGGUCGAGGUUCAGACGAAUGAAGAGAGCCCCGGCCAGCGCGAGGUGUCCACCGGCAGCGACGGGCUCGCUACCAGCGGCAGCGCUACCCUCACUAAUGAUGAGAGCGGGGUCGGUUUGGAUUCCGUAGACGACUGCAACAAAAAUGUGACGACAGAAUCAUUAGUGGACCACGAGCCGUGCGAAGUGAAUGAUGACGCUCGUUCUUUGGGUGAUUUAGACAGCCUACCGGCUGGUGAUGAGUUAGUCAUAGGCGCGGCGGGAAGCGACAGCGGUGUCGAAGGAUGUGGCCGAGCACUUAGCAGCGGCGGUGGCUCCCGGUCUUGUGCUUCCAGUGUUGUCUCAUGUGGGUCGGGCUGCGGCUCGGAGAGCUCUUCGGUCGCCGGCGCGCCGCCGCGGCCCCGCCGCAGGGUCAACGUUACCGUCACCGAGCCGAAACGCAGCUCACCGCUCGGCGCCUCCACUCCUCGUCCCGUCACGGCGCCCCGCGGCCCCAACCUAGCAACCAGAGAACGCGCCAGAAGUAGAGAGAAACCGACUCCGCCCGAGAAACCGCGGCCUCUCACGCCGAAGCCGCGAAUCCGUCCCACCGGUGAACUGCCGAACCUCGUCCGCGAGAGUCCCGCAUUACGAGCGAAACCAACCAAGACUUCAACAGCACGAUGCCGAACGCCUAACUCCCCUAGCGAGGAGAAGAGAUGGCCUUCAAACGGACCGCGGCUGACGACCCCGACGGACUCUAGCGCGACGCGUGUAGCCGCCGACAAAUAUGGAACGUUGCCGCGUAGGAGGCGUGAAAACGGCGAACCGGACGGUUCGCCCAAACACGACGUCACACCACCGACGUCCAGGCGGCCCACCAUCACGCGGUCCGUCUCCACGCGCUCCACGACCAAGGCGCGCGUGAGGAUCUACGCGGAGAAGAAUUGCCAAACUGUGCUACUAGGAACUGACGUGGAAUCGGCUUUAGCCGGAAUAACGCCUAAUAUUGAAUGUAGCCGCGAGAUAUCCCGGUGUCACCGCGGCGUGCAGGCGAGCGCGCGCGACACGGAGACGACGCGGCUGGCGGCGGCGGCGGCGGCGGCCGAGGCGGCGGCGGCGGAGGAGCGCGAGCGCCGACAGCACGCCGAGGCGCAACUGGCCGCCGAACGAGCCGCCAGACUCGCCGCUAUUGCGGAGCUGGAGAGGAACUCGCAGCGGCUGCUGGAGCUUGCUGGGGCUGGCGCGGGUGCGGGUGCCGAGGGAUGCCUGCGGGCUCUGGAAGAGCAGCUCCGCGCGGCGGGCGAGCUGGCGGCGCGGCAGCGCGGCGACAUCGACGCGCUGCGCGACCACUGCGACCGCCUGCAUCACGAGGCAUGUUCGGCGCGCGAGUCCGCCCGCGUCCUGGAGGCGCGCCUGGCCGAAGCCGAACGCGAGGCGGCGGAAAUGCAGGAUUUCCUGGCCGCCGAGACCGGCGCCCUGGGAGAUUCCCUGCGCGAAGCGGAGGCAGAACUCGCGCGCGCUAACAAGGACCUUGAGCGACGACGCGCAGAAUGCCGACAACUCGUGCGCAUGUGCGAGCAGCGGCGACAAGAGGCCCUGGGCGCAGCGGCGCGCGCGCGCUCCGGCGGCGGCGCCGCGCAUGCGCUAGACGCGCUGUCGCGGCGGCUGGCAAGACUCACCGACGCGGUGGCCAGAGCUUACGCCUUGCCUAGGCACGCGCUAGAGCCGCAGGUCUACCAUAACGACGCCUUCAGCCGCAGCGAUAGCGGAGAAGCGUUGUCACCGGACGAGGAGCGCGGCGGGCUGCUGACGGCCGUGGCGAAGGCGCUCCGCUCCGCGCCGCCGCCCGCGGCCGCGGCCGACGACGACCGCUCGCGCGUCUCCGACGACAACGACAACUCCGCCGACCUGCUCGACUCCGAGACCGAACCGUGCCUCGUCACCGACCCCGAAUGCGCAGAGGAAUGGUGGUCGGGUGCGGAGGCGGGCGGCGCGUGGAGCGGCGAGGAGCUGUCGCCGGAGCGCGAGUCCUGCGACCCCGACUCCACCUCCGAGCGGGACUCGCUGCGCAACCUCUCGGCCGCCAUCGCGCAGCGCCACCGCUCCGAGGCCGAGGACGCGGAGCGCGGCACGCUGCUGGAGCGCGUGCUGGCGCUGGACAACCGCCUGAGCGAACUGCUGAGAGCGCUGCGCCUGGCCGCCGCGGCCGCCGCCGUCACCGAUGACGCCGACUCCAUGAGGCUCGCGCAGGCGCUCAAAGACAAGAUAGACGUGACGGAGAAGAGCGUGGCGGACGUGGUGGUGAAGAAGCUGGCCGAGCUGGACGCCAGCAAGAACAUGAUGGAACAGUACCGCCAGUCCGUAGAAGCCCUGCUUGGCGAUCUCGAGUCAAGAAUAAGACGUACAGGCGCUCAAAAAACAAUUGGCACAAACCGGUGAAGACGACGACUUGGAUUUCAUCGAGGAGGAGCUGUCGGUGUGCCCGGAGGGCGAGCGGCGGCUGCGCUACGAGGCGCUGGACGCGGCGCUGGGCGCGCUGGCCGCCCGGCAGCCGCUGGUGCGGGGCUGGCCGCGC